CGAAUCACGAACAUGCUAAGAAUAAUUUAGAACUAGCCAAAUCAUCACUUGCAUUUCUAAGAUUUGUUAAUCAACACAAACUUGGAAUAGAUAAGAUAAAACAGAUAACACCUCCAAAAAAGGAAAUGAAAAAUAUUCAAAUUUUUUAUAUGAGUUUACAAAAUCGAAACGUUGUUUUAAAUAAACCAAAAGUUAUGUUAGCUAAAUUAAAUGUCAAGCUACUAAAAGAUAUACUAAAAGAAGGGAAAUUUAAUUUAGAUUUUUUGAUUGAAAGUUUCAAUGAUUUAUACGGGGAAAACGAGGAGGUCGCCCAAAAGUUAUAUGAAUUUAUGGAAGAUUGGGAGCUUAUUAGCUUUGAUAAACAAAUUAAAGAGAUUAAGAAGAUAAAAAGCGAAUAUGAAGUGGAGCGGAAUAAGAGGGAAGAGGGGGAAGAGAAUGAAGAUGAGGAAAGCAAGGAAGAAGAGAAAGUGAAGGGCGAGAGGGAUGAAGAUAACAAAGACAAGGAAGAGAAGAAGGAAGAAGAGAAGAAGGAAGAGAACAAAGAAGCUAAUCCAUCAUAUCCCUAUACCAUCCAAGAACUUGAACUAAAAAAUGACUGUGUAACAAUGCUCUUUAAAGAAAAAUAUAUAAUUAAAAAAUUAAUUGUUGAAGAGUUUAAGAAAAAGGGAACUGUGGAUUUUACAAAAAUGUUUGAGGAAAAGAAGACUGAUGAAGUGAAAAAUGAUGUUACUAAGGGGAAGAUGCUUAAUCGUGUUAAAUCGGCUGAAAUUGUGAUGAAGAAGAAUGAACCAGAAAAUGGAAGGAAAAGUAGUGUGUUUUCCGAGUUUACUAAACAUGCAUAUUCGCUUGUUCCAAAUGUAAAAUUAAGCUUAUCUAGCGUUUUGCCUUUCCAUUAAAUUUAAGUUUUGUUUUUACUCAUAAAGUCCUUUUCUAAAUUAUAAGACCAUCCAUUUUUUGUUCUCUAUUAACAACUUAUAGCUAUUUAAAUCCUAAAGAUGUGCAGAUUGCGGGCGGCGUGCUAGAGUUGGAACUUUCCAGGUUGCCGACACAAUGUAGUUUUUUUUCAGAAUGACAGGGCAGGGCUUUUACUUGUUAAAUUCUGAAAACCCGGAUUUGUCAAAAUAUCUAGUUCUAUUACUACCUUGCCCGGUAAACCCGGUGUUUGCCCAAGUUUGAAUUCUAGA